ACCACCCAGAGAUAAAAGAAGCGAUUGUCAGAAAGGAUGAUAAGCUCCUCACCUUGCUAAGAGAUGUUUAUGUCGAGUCCAGAGAUCCACCAGUGCAGGUAAAACCUGGAGGUGGCGAAAAUCUUCCGGUUAAACAGGAGGAGAAGAGGCUUACAAAACUAGGCCAUUUAGGAGCUCUAGAUGUUGAGAAGGUUUCCAAAGGCAAAAUUUCCCUUGUGGAAGCUCUGACACUUCUUAAUAAUCAUAAACUUCAUCCUCAAAUAUGGACUGCAGAGAAAAUAGCAACGGAAUACAGUCUGGAACUGAAGGAGGUCAACUCUCUUCUGGAAUUCUUCAUUCCUUUCACUGUGCAGGAAUUUCCUAAAGAAAACAAGAAAGCUAUAAAGCCAACCUAA